UAUAAAGAGCUGCCCCAGGCCUCCAUGCCUGCUCCGGACCGCACAGCGCACACACGCACCAUGGGCAAGAUAAUCUUCUACGAGGACCGAGAGUACCAGGGGCGGCACUAUGAGUGCAGCAGCGACUGCGCUGAGAUGCACUCCCACCUGUCGCGCUGCAACUCCAUCCGUGUGGAGAGUGGCUGCUGGGUGGCCUAUGAGAAGCCCAACUUCAUGGGCUACCAGUACAUGCUCAACAAGGGAGAGUACCCCGACUACCAGCGCUGGGCUGGCUUCAAUGACUGCAUCCGCUCCUGCCGCAUGGUGCCCCCAUACCGUGGCAACUACCACAUAAAGCUGUUUGAGCGCUCCGACUUCGGCGGCCAGGGCAUGGACGUGAUGGAGGACUGCCCCGACCUGCGUGAGCGCCUGCCCAGCCGCAACGUCUCCUCCGUUAACGUGAUGGAGGGCUACUGGAUCCUGCACGAGCACCCCAACUACCGCGGACGCCAGUACUUCCUGCGCCCCGGAGAGUACCGCCGCUUCCACGACUGGGGCAGCGCCAGCCCCACCUUCGGCUCUCUCCGCCGCGUCACCGAGCAGAACUGAGC